AUGAGCAAUUCAAGUGCUGAUCUUGCCCAAGAUCAAUGUGAUUUGGAUUAUGACUCAAUUUGGGAAGCAAUUAUCUAUUUUGGAACUUUUACUUUCCUCGGAUCCGGCUUAUAUUUACAUUUAACAAUAAUCAAAACUAUUCUGGUCACUGAACGAAAAUAUUUCUGUCGCAACUCAUUUUUCAAAAUUACAGUAAUGGAUUCCUUAGCGAGCGUAGUGGUAAUUUUGAAUGAAUUGUUUUUCAAUAGAUUGUUCAUCUACUCUGUACCAUUCUGCCCAACAGCGUUAUCAUUCUUCUCCAGCCCUUCUGUGAUUCUCAAUUUCGUUUUUAUCAGUUUGAACCAUGCUAGAUUAUCGAAAUCUGUCUCUCAAAUUUUUAUGGUUCUCAACCGAAUGACUAGUGUUUUAUUUCCAACUGAUUAUGAGAAAAUUUGGAGGGUUAUGACCCCAAUAUCCUGUGUAUGA